GCCAUUUUGUUUUAACAAUUCUUUCAAAGCUAGCCAACCAGCUACGGGCUCAAACACGAACAAUUGUGCCAGACUUUUCAUUCAAACCGUCAGUGAGUAAUUCCGGAAGGUAGUAUAUUUUACGUUCGGAUUUACUUUACAAAAUUCACCGGUUUGUUCUGAAACGGGACUGAAAGAGAACCGCUUGGGAGGAAAAAAAAAGCACAAAUAAGUUGCUGUCUCUCGCGUGAAGAUAUGGCGACCGCAACCCCAAGCCGCUCUGCCGCCGAAUCCGGCCGGGCGACUGCUGCUUCGACGCCGCUCUCCCCGACCCGCAUCUCCCGCUUACAGGAGAAGGAGGAACUGCGGCACCUGAAUGACAGACUGGCCGUGUAUAUCGACCGCGUCCGCUCUUUGGAGCUGGAGAACGACAGGCUCUCGCUGAAGGUCUCGGAGAAGGAGGAGGUCACAACAAGAGAGGUCACCGGGAUUAAGUCUCUGUAUGAGGCAGAACUGGCGGAUGCCAGACGUGUUCUUGACGAGACUGCGAGAGAGAAAGCAAAACUCCAGAUCGAUCUGGGCAAGGUCAGCUCUGAGCUUGAGGAGGUCAAUAAGAACUAUAAGAAGAGGGGUGGUGACCUGGCAUCGGCUCAGGCCCGGAUCAAGGAGCUGGAGUCUCAGUAUAACCAGAGUGAAGCGUCACUCACUACAGCUCUCAGCGAGAAUGCUGCGCUCUCUGCAGAGAUCGCUGACCUGAAGAACCAGCUGUCUAAGGCUGAGGAUGCUCAUGCCGUGGCUAAGAAGCAGCUGGAGUCCGAGACACUGAUGCGAGUGGAUGUGGAGAACCGCUGCCAAAGCCUGACUGAGGAACUUGAAUUUAGGAAGAACAUGUUUGAGGAGGAGGUGCGUGAUACGAGGAAGCGCCACGAGAAGCGGAUGGUGGAGGUGGACACUGGAGCUAAGCAGGACUAUGAAUACAAACUGGCCCAGGCUCUGCAGGACCUCCGCAAGGAGCACGAGGAGCAAGUCAGCCUCUAUAAGACUGAGCUCGAGCAAACCUUCCAGGCUAAGCUGGACAAUGCCAAGGUGUCCUCUGACCUCAAUGAUAAGGCAGUGAGCACAGCACGGGAGGAGCUGCAGGAGGCUCGUGUCAGGAUUGAGGGGCUGACCUAUCAGCUCUCUGCACUCCAGAAACAGGCAGCAACAGUGGAGGAGCGUGUGCGUGAGCUGGAAGACUUGCUGAACAGCGAGCGUGAUAAACACCGCAGAACAAUGGACGGCAAGGAACGCGAGAUGGCCGAGAUGAGGGACCGCAUGCAGCUGCAGCUCAACGAGUAUCAGGAGCUGCUGGAUGUAAAGCUGGCCUUGGACAUGGAAAUCAAUGCCUACAGGAAGCUGCUGGAGGGAGAAGAGGACAGGCUGAAGCUGUCCCCCAGCCCCCCCUCACGGGUCACUGUUUCCCGAAGCGUUGCUGCUAGCAGCAGCUCCUCCCGCUCAUCCCGUGCUAAGAGGAAGCGUGUGGAGGUGGAAGAUGAGACGCCCAGUGCUCCCAGUUUUCAUAUCACCCAGCAUGCUGAGGCAACAGGCUCAAUCAGUAUUGAGGAGCUUGACCUCGAGGGCAAGAGUGUCACCCUCAAAAAUAACUCCAAUAAGGAUCAGUCUCUGGGUAGCUGGCGGCUAAAGAGGCGAGUUGGAGAGGGAGAUGAGAUUGCCUACAAAUUCAGCCCUAAGUUUGCUCUUAAAGCAGGACAGACUGUUACAGUGUGGGCUGCAGAUGCAGGCGUGGCUCACAGUCCUCCCUCAGACCUGCUGUGGAAGAGUCAGAGCAGCUGGGGCAGUGGAGAUGAAACAGUCACCCUGCUGAUCAAUUCAGAUGGAGAGGAGGUGGCAAAGCGAAUGGUCACCAAAAGCGUGCUAGAGAUGGAAAAUGGAGAUGACGAGAAUGGAGAUUUUGGAAAUGAGGAUCUGUUCCACCAGCAGGGCGAUCCAAAGAUCAGAUCCAGAGAAUGUGCCGUCAUGUGAGAGAGCUUCAUUCACCACAGUAUUUCCCCCUGAUUGUUCCCUCAGAGCCACUAAUUUUUUGUAUUCUUCAAUCAUGAAUCCUUAAAAUCCCCCCCCCCCCCCCGCCAGAAUGUCACUGGCAUACAGUUUUUACGGACCUCGUUUUUAAAGCCAGGUAACCUUGAACUGUGUAUCAAAGAAUUUUUUUUAAUUGCAGUCUAUCAGAAUGUUUUUCUUUUUUUGUCUUUUUGAUAAACAUCAAAUGGAAGUUGGACAGCUUCCGAACACCAGCCUCACCUCCAUGUAAUAGAGGUCUGCACAAUAUAACAGCAGGAAAUGACUUGAUGUAUUUUAAAAAAAAAAAAAAAAAAAUG